AUGUUUACUCACACGUAUACUCACAGGUUUGCUUACACGUAUAUUCACACAUUUGCUCACCCUUGGUCUGGCCCCUCAGUUUCAGCCUUCAGCAAGAAGCCACGGUCAGCGGAGGUGGCCGCGGGCAGCUCUGCCAUAUUCGAGGCAGAGACAGAGCGGCCAGGAGUGAAGGUGCGCUGGCAGCGGGGAGGCAGUGACAUCAGCACCAGCGACAAGUACAGCCUGGCAGCCGAGGGCAGGCGACACACGCUGACAGUGCAGGACGCAGGCCCCGCCGACCAGGGGUCCUAUGCAGUCAUCGCUGGCUCCUCCAAGGUCAAGUUUGACCUCAAAGUCAUAGAGGCAGAGAAAGGAGAGCCGGUGCCAGUCCCUUCUGCAGCUCCUGCCCCAGCCCCUGCCGCAGCCCCUGCCCCAGCCCCUGCUGCAGCUCCUGCCCCAGCCCCUACUGAAGCCCCUGGAGCCUUGGCCCCAGCCACUGAGUUGGAAGGAAGCUCCCCAAGUCCCAAAGGUAGGGUGGGCUGGUCAGGGAGAAACAGGACCGGGGGAGGGGUGUCCCAGAGCAGCCCUCAGAGGCCUCUGCUCACAGGAUCAAGCUCAGAAGCCCCCGAUGGCCCUGCCCCGGGGUCCCCUGGAGCUCCUGAUGACCCCAUUGGUCUCUUUGUGACGCGGCCACAGGAUGGCGAGGUGACCGCGGGUGGCAACAUCACCUUCUCUGCCCGUGUUGCUGGGGCCAGCCUCCUGAAACCGCCUGUGGUCAAGUGGUUCAAGGGCAAGUGGGUGGAUUUGAGCAGUAAGGUGGGCCAAUACCUGCAGUUGCGUGACAGCUAUGACCGGACCAGCAAGGUCUACCUGUUUGAGCUGCACAUCACCGAUGCCCAGAUCACCUUUGCAGGCGGCUACCGCUGUGAGGUGUCCACCAAGGACAAGUUUGACAGCUGCAACUUCAACCUCACCGUCCAUGAGGCCAUUGGCCCUGGAGACCUGGACCUCCGAUCGGCUUUCCGCCGCACGAGCCUGGCUGGAGGUGGUCGGAGGAUCAGUGACAGCCACGAGGAUGCCGGGACUCUGGACUUCAGCUCCCUGCUGAAGAAGAGCCAGGAAAUCCCUCCCCAGACCCAGCUCCCCAUACUGAGCCCUAAGCCCUCUUGGCCCCAGACCUGGCCUGGGACCCAUGCUGAGUCCAAGCUGUCCCAGUGGAGGGGCCUCUCUGCAUGCACUGUGGGACCCAGGGACUCGAAGCUGGAGGCACCGGCCGAGGAGGACGUGUGGGAGAUCCUGCGGCAGGCGUCCCCUUCCGAGUACGAGCGCAUCGCCUUCCAGCACGGGAUCACGGACCUGCGCGGCAUGCUAAAGAGGCUCAAGGGCAUAAAGCGCGAUGAGAGGAAGAGCACAGCCUUUCAGAAGAAGCUGCAGCCAGCCUACCAGGUGAGCAAGGGCCACAAGAUCCGGCUGGUCGUGGAGUUGGCAGACCCUGAUGCUGAGGUCAAGUGGCUUAAGAAUGGACAGGAGAUCCAGAUGAGUGGCAGCAAGUACAUCUUCGAGUCCGUUGGCAACAAGCGCACACUGACCAUCAGCCAGUGCUCACUGGCUGACGACGCGGCCUACCAGUGCGUGGUGGGUGGGGAGAAAUGCACUUCGGAGCUGUUUGUCAAAGAGCCCCCUGUCCUGAUCACACGGCCCCUGGAGGACCAGCUAGUGAUGGUGGGGCAGCGGGUGGAGUUUGAGUGUGAGGUGUCUGAGGAGGGGGCCCAGGUGAAGUGGCUGAAGGAUGGGGUGGAGCUGACCCGGGAGGAAACCUUCAAAUACCGGUUCAAGAAGGACGGGCGCAGGCACCACCUGAUCAUCAAUGAGGCAACGCUGGAGGACUCCGGGCACUACGCGCUGCACACCAGUGGGAGCCAGGCGCUGGCUGAACUUAUUGUGCAGGAGAAGAAGCUGGAGGUGUACCAGAGCAUUGCGGACUUGACGGUGGGUGCAAAGGACCAGGCCGUAUUCAAGUGUGAGGUGUCGGAUGAGAAUGUGCGGGGUGUGUGGCUGAAGAACGGGAAGGAGCUGGUGCCCGACAGCCGCAUCAAGGUGUCCCACAUUGGGCGGGUCCACAAGCUGACCAUUGACGACGUCACGCCUGCAGACGAGGCUGACUACAGCUUUGUGCCCGAGGGCUUCGCCUGCAACCUGUCAGCCAAGCUUCAUUUCAUGGAGGUCAAGAUCGACUUCGUGCCCAGGCAGGAACCCCCUAAGAUCCACCUGGACUGCCCAGGCCGCAAACCGGAUACCAUCGUCGUUGUGGCUGGGAACAAGCUUCGUCUGGAUGUGCCUAUCUCUGGGGACCCUGCUCCCACAGUGAUCUGGCAGAAGGCCAUCACACAGGGGAAUAAGGUCCCAGCUGGGCCAGCACUUGAUGCCCCAGAGGAUGAAGGUGACAGUGAAGAAUGGGUGUUUGAUAAGAAGUUGCUGUGUGACACUGAGGGCAGGGUCCAUGUGGAGACCACCAAGGAUCGCAGCAUCUUCAUCGUUGAGGGGGCAGAGAAGGAAGACGAGGGCGUCUACACUGUCACAGUGAAGAACCCUGUGGGCGAGGACCAGGUCAACCUCACCGUCAAGGUCAUCGAUGUGCCCGAUGCUCCUGCGGCCCCCAAGAUCAGCAACGUGGGCGAGGACUCCUGUACGGUGCAGUGGGAGCCACCUGCCUACGACGGCGGGCAGCCGAUCCUGGGCUACAUCCUGGAGCGCAAGAAAAAGAAGAGCUUCCGGUGGAUGCGGCUGAACUUUGACUUGCUGCGGGAGCUGACCCUCGAGGCCCAGCGCAUGAUCGAGGGUGUAGUGUAUGAGAUGCGAGUCUACGCAGUCAACGCCAUCGGCAUGUCCAGGCCCAGCCCCGCCUCCCAGCCCUUCAUGCCCAUUGGACCCCCCAGCGAGCCCACCCACCUGGCUGUGGAGGAUGUCUCUGAUACCACAGUCUCCCUCAAGUGGCGGCCCCCAGAGCGUGUGGGAGCAGGCGGCCUGGACGGCUACAGUGUGGAGUACUGCCAGGAGGGCUGCUCAGAGUGGGUGGCUGCCCUGCAGGGGCUGAUAGAGCGCACGUCACUGCUGGUGAAGGACCUGCCUACGGGGGCCCGGAUGCUCUUCCGCGUGCGGGCUCACAAUGUGGCCGGGCCCGGGGCCCCUGUCACCACCAAGGAGCCUGUGACAGUGCAAGAGAUACUGCAGCGGCCAUGGCUCCACCUGCCCAGGCAUCUGCGCCAGACCAUCCAGAGGAAGGUCGGGGAGCCCGUGAACCUCCUUAUUCCUUUCCAGGGCAAGCCCAGGCCUCAGAUCACCUGGACCAGAGAGGGGCAGCUGCUGGCAGGCGAGGAGGUGAGCAUCCGAAACAGCCCCACGGACACCAUCCUGUUCAUCCGGGCCGCCCGCCGCACCCACUCGGGCACCUACCAGGUGACGGUGCGCAUCGAGAACAUGGAGGACAAGGCCACGCUGGUCCUGCAGAUCGUCGACAAGCCAAGUCCUCCCCAGGACAUUCGGGUCAUUGAGGCUUGGGGUUUCAAUGUGGCUCUGGAGUGGAAGCCACCCCAAGAUGAUGGCAACACCGAGCUCUGGGGUUACACAGUGCAGAAAGCCGACAAGAAGACCAUGGAGUGGUUCACCGUUUUGGAGCACUACCGCCACACUCACUGUGUGGUGCCAGAGCUCGUCAUCGGCAAUGGCUACUACUUCCGGGUCUUUAGCCACAACGCGGUGGGUCCAAGUGACACAGCCGCCACCACCAAGGAGCCCGUCUUCAUCCCCAAACCAGGCAUCACCUACGAGCUACCCAGAUACAAGGCCCUGGAAUUCUCUGAGGCCCCACGCUUCACCCGUCCCCUGGUGAACCGCUCAGUCAUCGCAGGCUACAAUGCCGUCCUCUGCUGCGCUGUGCGGGGUAGCCCCAAGCCCAAAAUUUCCUGGUUCAAGAAUGGCCUGGACCUGGGUAAAAACGCCCGCUUCCGCAUGUUCUGCAAGGAGGGUGUGUUGACCCUGGAGAUUCGGAAGCCGUGCCCCUUUGAUAGGGGCAUCUAUGCCUGUAGGGCCACCAACUUAGAAGGCGAAGCACAGUGUGAGUGCCUCCUGGAGGUGCGAGUGCCCCAGUGACCAGGCUGGCUCCCCAGUGAUGGCUAGGUGCAACCGAAUGCCAGCUCUACCGUGCCAGGAGCCUCGAGGGAAGCUGGAAAAACCACCUUCCUGCUGUUGGGGUGUGUGUGUGUGUGUGUGUGUGUGUGUGUAUCCUCGCGCCAGGGUGGGGAAGGCGCAGUAGAGAACUGAAGAUACAACGAGCAGACACUGGGGAACCUGAGAGAACUGUCAGAGCUCCUGGUGACGCCCUCAGAUCUUUGGGGCAAAAGGUGGGUGGGCUCAGGAAAUGAGGGUCGGGGACAGGGCCCAUCCGGCCUGCUGUGUCUUCUCGAUACUUAGGGGCAAUAAAAGAUCAGUGCAGUCUGUGGUCUCAGCCUCCA